UACAUAAAUAGAGCAAAAAAAUGCCAAAUUCAUCGAGAUCUAGCUCGCUCUCUGAGUCUUCGAUUGAGACAAACGCAUCGAUUUCUUCAUCGGAAUUCAUGACGGCAAAUUCGGACGAAUCUAAUUCGGAAAUUUUGCCAUUUGCCGAUAAUAUUGAACCGCUUGCUUCGCCCGAUGAAAUUGCUGAGUACGAAGCUGCAGUCGCAGAAGAACGGCAGGUUGAGGACAUGCUGCAAGAUCGUUUUGAUGCCCGUGUUGAUGUUACUUCAUGGUGUGAAUGUGGCCAUUGUUCGUUGCAUCUUGUUGUCAACCAUCAAGAGUGCCGAUGCUGCAUGGGAAUAGAGCAAUGCCGUGGUAAAAUGUAUCAGUUCGAAGUCGAUGAAAGGAAAUGCAUUUUGGAUCAACCUGGCAUUAACGAAGUUUGCCUGAACGAAUUUGUUCUUCAAGCAGCUGAAAAAAACAGAGCGCUCAGAUUAAAAAAGGUCCAAUGGACAGAUGCUGGGGAGUACGUUUGUUAUGCUAAAAACGCAGCUGGAACGGUGAGCAGAAAGAUUACAGUAUCAAUUUUCGAUCCAGUGUUGAGCAAAACAAAAGGGGAUGUUGCACCUGUCUUUCGAGAUCCAUGGGAGAUUUGGAACAAUUUCUUUUUGCAUCAUACUGGAGAUAGCAUGAAAAUAACCUGUGAUGCUUACGGAAGGCCACCCCCCAAGAUAAAAUGGUAUAAAGAAGACCAACUUAUGAGAUACACGGCAGACGGUGACCCAUUGACAGAACAUACAAUGGUGUUAAAAUUUAAAGACUUAAAGAUGAAAGAUCAAGUAUUUUACAAGUGUUUCGAGAACAUAACUGUGUACGAAGGUGACAACGCGACCAACACUUGUAAGGCUAUGUGUGACUACCCUCCAUGGUUUGAAUGGUAUAUAUAUGUUGGCAAAGGUAAAAAUAAGCAACGGAAGCCUUUCACACCAGAUUUGGACUAUGACGAAUACACAUGGAUUGGCGAUACCUCUCGAUAUCUGGGUAUUAACUUCAGAAUUGAUAACGUGACUAAGGAAGACGAAAGAUAUUAUUACUGUGAGAUCGCACUUGAUGCAAAUGGGGAGAGUUAUACAGAAUCAAUAUUUUUCUAUCUGCAUGUUUUACCAAAGCCAGUGACCACGUUACCCAUAACAGAUAUUGUUACAACGCCUUCAACCUCGUCAAAAUUUCUGUCGUUGUUCAGCACCAGUGGUAGGCUACCGGAAAUGAAAGAAUCAGUGAACACCAAGGAAUCGAUCGAGAGAUCGUCUCCGAAAUCACUUACGCCACUGAUCAUUUUAGUAUGCAGUGUUUUUGCUGCAAUUUUCUUGGGAUCAGUGUUUUUGUAUUUCUUAAUAUGCAAGCGCAAAAAACACAAGAAACACAGGCAGGGCUUUGCGGCGUAUCGCGUACCAAUCAAUCCUCCGAAUGGCAGACAGAUGUUGAGUUCUGUCAUAUUAUAUGACGUACGAAAUACUAAUAAUUUACAUAAUAACUAUACUACAAGUUCUACAUCAUCGAUUUCGAAUCGCUCGACGAAUCCGCUGUUGAAGAGUUCGCGCCAUGUAAGACUAGACUCGAAUUUAUCGCACAUCAGUGAAAUGACGAUACAUCUUGAUCCAGAGUGGGAAAUUGAUCGAGAAAAUUUGAAUCUUUUGCACGCGAUAGGCGAAGGUGCUUUUGGUAAAGUGCUUAAAGCCGAGGCGUUUGAUGUGGUGAAACAGAACUCGGGAAAGACUAUCGUUGCCGUGAAGACGUUAAAAGAUGACGCUACCGAGAGGGAGUUGAUGGAUCUCAUCUCUGAAGCGGAAGUGAUGAAGUGUAUUGGUCGUCAUAAAAAUAUCAUAAACUUGAUUGGAUGUUGCACUCAAAAUGGACCGCCAUUGAUAGUCGUUGAAUUCGCAGUGUUCGGUAACUUACGACAAUAUCUUCGUGAAAGAAGACCUGACCGAAACGGAAACACCAUGCAGAUAGAAGGAGAAGAAAAGUUGUGUUUGAGGGAUUUCAUCUCCUUCAGUUAUCAAAUUGCUCGUGGAAUGGAAUACUUGUCAGGAAGAAAGUGUAUUCAUCGCGAUCUUGCUGCCAGAAAUAUAUUAGUUGGUGAAGAUAGAGUAAUGAAAAUUGCAGACUUUGGUUUAGCAAGGGAUAUUCACCAGAUUGACUACUAUCGCAAGACCACAGACGGUCGACUUCCAGUCAAGUGGAUGGCCUUGGAAGCAUUAUUUGAGCGCGUUUACACAACGCGAAGCGAUGUGUAAGUCCUGUUCCUAAAAACUGCUCAUAUCAAUACCUGAAAAUUUAUUUAUAUAAGAUAUAGUAUUUGCUUUGAUUGAUAAUUAUAAAA